AUGGAGGCCCUGCAGAGACAGCAGGCAGCCCGACUGGCCCAGGGGGUGGGGCCUUUGGCACCUCCACGCCCACCACCACCACCGCCGCGGCCUUCCUUUCCUGGAUCCCGGACCCUGCAGGCCCCUGACAGGGGGUUUGGGGAGGUUGGAGCUGAGGAAGAGGAGGAUGCCCAAGAGGAUGAGGAAGGAGAGGAAAUUGGUGCAGAAGACGAGGCAGCCGAGGAGAGCCACCCAGGGACCCGGGGCACCAGCUCACCUUCCAGCCAGCUCCCUGGACCUCAUCCCCAUGAGUGGACCUAUGAGGAGCAGUUCAAGCAGCUGUACGAGCUCGAUGCAGACCCCAAGAGGAAAGAAUUUCUGGAUGACCUGUUUAGCUUCAUGCAGAAGAGGGGGACGCCAGUGAACCGUGUGCCCAUCAUGGCGAAGCAGGUGCUGGACCUGUACGCGCUGUUUCGCCUGGUGACGGCCAAGGGCGGUCUGGUGGAAGUCAUCAACCGCAAGGUGUGGCGGGAGGUCACGCGCGGCCUCAGCUUGCCCACCACCAUCACGUCGGCCGCCUUCACUCUACGCACCCAGUACAUGAAGUAUCUGUACCCGUACGAGUGCGAGACGCGGGCGCUCAGCUCCCCGGGGGAGCUCCAGGCCGCCAUCGACAGCAACCGGCGGGAAGGCCGUCGUCAAGCUUACACCAACGCCCCACUCUUCAGCUUGGCGGGGCAGCCCCCUCGGGCCACUCUUGGCCUCGCCUCGGGUCCCGGGACCGCCCCUCCCGCGCCCACGCCCGGCCCCCGCACUGCUCAGGGCUCCGCCUCCGGCCUGCCGGCGCACGCCUGCGCGCAGCUGAGCCCGAGCCCCAUUAAGAAAGAGGAGAGCGGAAUUCCAACCCCUCGACUGGCACUGCCUGUGGGCCUAGCCUUUGGACCUGCGCGUGAGAAGUUGGCACCAGAGGAGCCCCCAGAGAAGAGGGCUGUACUGAUGGGGCCCAUGGACCCACCUCGACACGGCGCACCCCCCAGUUUCCUGCCCCGUGGCAAGGUUCCCCUGAGGGAAGAGCAGUUGGAUGGGCCUCUCAAUCUGGCAGGCAGUGGUAUCAGCAGUAUCAACAUGGCCCUAGAGAUCAACGGGGUGGUCUACACUGGCGUCCUCUUUGCCCGUCGCCAGCCUGUGCCAGCUUCCCAGGGCCCAGCCAACCCUGCACCCCCACCCCUGACAGGACCCCCUUCCAGCGCCUCACCCUGA